GGUUGCCAGAGCAGGCUUACUUCAACUGUUCAACUGUUUUUCAAUUAACACAAAACAUGGCAGUACAAGUAAAAUAUCCAAACAUCCCCUCUUUACUAAAUGUCUGCUGCUAUGAGAGGAGGUCUUCGUGUCUGGUGUGACAUUUCGGAAGGAGGCUAUGACAGAUGACCUCAGCAGUCAACAAAGCGAAAAUUAAUACAGUCACGAGUCUGCUAACCUGGAAUGUCUUCACAGGCUUGAAUGAGAAAUAUAGUUGUAGCAGGGAGUUAAGUGUUAAAGCAAAGGCUUCAAGCGGUAUUCCUUGGAAAUAAGCCAUUUCCUCACAAGGAGUCUUCAACUAUUGUGAAUGCUAAAGCAAGAAACAAGAUUCACCAUUCCAUUCCUAGAGACAAAGUGAGGAUGCGGUCCUGGAUGACUAACAGAAACACAGCUUUGGAGAUUGCAAAGAAACCUGGAGAGGUCUUCCCUGAUAUAAAUUCAGUCAUCUGGAAAAAUGACGUCCAUAUGCUGCGGUAUUUAUUGAGGAAGGUGGACUAUGAAGAGCUAUCUAAACCAAAUGAAGAAGGCUGCAUACACUUGCAUCAGGCUGCGUACUAUGGGUUUUUGGAAGUGUUGAGGUUGCUCUUAUAUGUCUUUACCGACGAUAUCAACAGACGAACCAGACUCCAACAAACACCUCUGUUUCUGGCUAUCGCUCAGGCAAAUGUGAAAUGUGUCGAGUUGCUUCUUAAAUCUGGGGCAGAUCCUAACAUACCUGACAUAUCAGGAGAAUCACCUCUCUACAAAGCUUGUGAGAUGAACAAUGACACAUUGGCGGAGCUUCUUCUGCAGUCGGGAGCCAACGCCCGUAGGGCCACUAAUAACGGGUUGACUCCACUACAUGAGGCUGCACGAAACAGAAACCUAGCCAUGUGCAGGCAACUAAAGCUCGCUGGGGGAAAGAUAUAUGCUAAAAGUUCCUAUGGCGUUGAGCCAUUGUUCACAGCUGCCCAAGGAGGGUGCCCUGAAGUAGUGAAAUACCUCAUUAGACAUGGGGCAAUUGUUAAUUCUUAUGCUAAUGAUGGAGCAACACCAUUGUAUGAAGCAUCCAGGAACGGCCAUGAAGAUGUGGUGAAGUUGCUUCUGUCGAAAAAAGCUGACGCAGAUGAAGGAACUAUAGCAGGACUGACCCCCCUUCACAUUGCAGCAAAGAAUGGACAUGCUGGCGUUGUGUCCUUACUGAUUCCACACACCAACCUGCUUCGUAUGCAUCGGUGUGGCAUCAGUCCGCUCCAUCUUGCAGCCGAGUUUGAUGAGGAGGAGAUAUUGGAGAUGCUCCUCCACACUGAAUUAGACGUGAACGCUCUGCUCUCCGCCGAAAACUCGACGUCGUACGAAGACCGCCGAAGCACAGCACUCUAUUUCAGCGUGAACCAGAACAACUACGAGACUGCCUCCAUGCUUCUGGCGGCUGGCGCCAAUCCCAAUCUAGACAUGUUCAAUCCUCUUCUAGUGGCUGUGAGGCUGGGAGACCGAGACAUGGUCAGUUUGCUGCUAGGGUUUGGUGCCAAUGUGAACGCCUUCAUACCGACCCACCCCACAACUUUCCCAGGAGCACUCCUGUUCUGCAUCAACAACAUAUCCAUGCUCAAGCUCCUGCUAGACAGUGGUUGUGAUGCUGAGGCCUGUUUUUUCUGCAUCUAUGGAGACAACCCACAUCCUCAUGUCAAGAGUAGAUGCACUACAGGACAUAACCUAUAUGUGCAUGAUGAGGAGACUUCACAUCCCAGAGCAGCACAGUUCUGUGAAACUCUGGCUGAGCCCUUUAACUCUCCCUGGGCAGGGCGUAUAAUUGACCUCCUCCUCGAUUAUGUGGGUCAAGUGAAACUGUGCUCUAAACUCAUUGAACUUCUGGACAGCAACAAGGACUGGGCGUACAUUAAGGAGAAAACGAGACCACCCUUCUCCUUGAUGCACCUGUCCAGGCUGAGGAUCCAUCAGCUGGUGGGACGUCGUAGACUGAGGAGAAUUAGCAGCCUUCCUCUGCCUGGACGACUCAUCAAGUACUUGUUAUACGACAAAGGAGAGUCUGAAGACUUCCUCUAUUAUAGUUAUGACUAAACGUGUCCUUGUUUAAACAGAUAAAUACAGCAAUUUUUAAAAUAAGAAUGUGAGUUUAUAUUGGGAAUAGAAUCAACAGAGACUUGAGUGUUGCCAUACCUGAGAGAACCUACAGUAUGUGAUGCCAUACCUUCAUAUUUUAAGCAUUUUAGACACCUGUUGAGAUGUUUUUUGUGUGUGCUUUUUUGCAUAUGUUGUUCCUUUUCCUCUGUGUGAGAAGUUAUUUAAAGGGAAAUAUGUAAUCAAUUCUUUAUUGAAAAUGUGUACAUGGGAAUGGAACAUUCUAGGAUAUCAGAUAUAAACAAAUAUUCAGUUUCAGUCCAGUUUUUUUACCACUUUAAAAAAGGUUAAAGAUUAGAGACAUUGCAUUUUAGUUUUUCAUACAUCUGUUUGAUGCAUUCCAGCUGGUUGAUACUCAAAGUAAAAAAAACAAAACAAGAUGCUUAAACUACUAGGCAUUCUGAAGAAGAAUACAUAAAUGGCAGAGUUAUCCUGUUGAUGUAUGGAAAUGUGAGCAAG